ACCGCCUACCCUGUCCGUCGCCGCCAUGCACGGCCUGGGACCGGCCCGCUGCGUACUGCUGUUGGUCCUGGGACUCUGCGGCGCGCGCUCGCGCAACGUGCUGCUGAUUGUCGCGGACGAUGGAGGCUUUGAGAGCGGCGCAUACAACAACAGUGCCAUCGCCACCCCUCACCUGGAUGCCCUGGCCCGCCGCAGCCUCAUCUUCCGCAACGCCUUCACCUCCGUCAGCAGCUGCUCCCCCAGCCGGGCCAGCCUCCUCACUGGCCUGCCCCAGCAUCAGAAUGGCAUGUAUGGGCUGCACCAGGACGUACACCACUUCAACUCCUUCGACAAGGUGCGGAGCCUGCCCCUGCUGCUCAGCCAGGCCGGGGUGCGCACAGGCAUCAUUGGGAAGAAGCACGUGGGCCCGCAGACGGUGUACCCCUUUGACUUUGCGUUCACCGAGGAGAACAGCUCUGUGCUGCAGGUGGGGCGGAACAUCACCAGAAUCAAGCAGCUAGUCCAGAAAUUUCUGCAGACUCGGGAUCACAGGCCAUUCUUCCUCUAUGUGGCUUUCCAUGACCCCCACCGCUGCGGCCACUCCCAGCCCCAGUACGGAACCUUCUGUGAGAAGUUUGGCAAUGGGGAGAGUGGCAUGGGACGCAUUCCAGACUGGACACCCCAGACCUACAGCCCUCAGGACGUGAUGGUGCCUUACUUUGUCCCGGACACCCCAGCAGCCCGAGCAGACCUAGCGGCCCAGUACACCACCAUCGGCCGGAUGGACCAGGGGAUAGGGCUGGUGCUCCAGGAGCUGCGAGGUGCCGGUGUGCUCAAUGACACCCUCGUCAUCUUCACGUCCGACAACGGGAUUCCCUUUCCCAGCGGCAGGACCAACCUGUACUGGCCUGGCACAGCCGAACCCCUGCUGGUGUCAUCCCCAGAGCACACACAACGAUGGGGCCAGGUCAGCGAGGCCUACGUGAGCCUUCUAGACCUCACCCCCACCAUCCUGGACUGGUUCUCCAUUCCCUACCCCAGCUACGCCAUCUUUGGCUCCAAGACAAUCCAGCUCACAGGCCGAUCCCUCCUGCCGGCGUUGGAGACAGAGCCCUCGUGGGCCACUGUCUUCAGCAGCCAGAGCCACCACGAGGUCACCAUGAGCUACCCCAUGCGCUCUGUGUACCACCAGAACUUCCGCCUCAUUCACAACCUCAGCUUCAAGAUGCCGUUUCCCAUCGACCAGGAUUUCUACGUCUCGCCAACCUUCCAGGACAUCCUGAACCGCACCGCAGCCGGCCGGCCCACGGGCUGGUACAAGGACCUCCACCGCUACUACUACCGGGAGCGCUGGGAGCUCUAUGACAUCAGCCGGGACCCCCGAGAGACACGCAACCUGGCCGCAGACCCGCGCUUCGCUCAGGUGCUGGAGCUGCUGAGAGCUCAGCUAGCUAAGUGGCAGUGGGACACCCAUGACCCCUGGGUGUGCGCCCCUGACGGGGUGCUGGAGACAAAGCCCACGCCUCGGUGCCAGCUGCUUCACAAUGAGCUCUGACAGUCCCCGGGCGCCCGCCAGCCUCGGGGACACGAAGGGAGGGACUGGUGGAGGCAGGGCCGGUCUGAGGAGGGCCCCUCUGUCCUGUGGGAUCAUUCCUGCCUCCUGUGGAGGACACGGGGCAUGCGCGCUCUGUGUCGCUACCGCACCAGGGACUCUGCAGUCCUGGUGCCUGUGUUCCCUGGCCCAGGAGUUCUGGGGGAUGCUUGGGCAGGGCAGAACCCCAAGUUUUGAUGGGUGAGCUUGUAGACCUGCAGAUGCAGGGGGCUUGAAGCCCUCUGGUUUGGGGAAGCCAUGGAUGUUUUCAGGCCUUCGAGGAGCCCGGGGCUUCUGUGUGCCACGCUGGCAGCAGGCAGACCACACUGGCUACUUUAACCGACCUUGGCCUGGAGGGAGCAUUUAGGAGGCCUUGGGCUUGCUUCUGCCUUCAGCCUACCCCUAUCAAGUGCACACUUAGCCAGGAUUCUCGCUGGUUCUGAGGGGAGGAGUCUGAUCCUGUGGUCUUUCUGGGCUCGCUUGUCCUUUCUGAGGGUGACCGUGGAGGACAGGGCGUGACAGUGCUCCGUCUCUUGCCUUUCAUUCUCUCUGAGUGACAUCUGGCCCCAGCUCUCCCCUUCCUCCACUCGGCCAGGGGUCAAGCACAGCCUAGGAACCUGGAAAGAGAGGGUCCGUUCCCUCUGCCCCCUAUCAACUCCAUCAUGGGAGGCGGCGAGAACCAUGGGCCCUGGCAUCAGAAAACCUCACAACAGUAUAAUAGUUCACAGACCUUCAUAGUAGCAC